ACAAAGUUUGUAAAUAAUAAUGCCAAAUGCUCCAGCAUGUGAAUUAAUUUACCUUGUGCUACGCUUUUUUAUUGUAAUAUUAUAAGAGAUACCAUUAGCUUGAUUUAACUCCUUGUGUGAACCAACUACACCUGUUGCCUAUUUAUGCAAACACUUUUAACCUAUCCGGAGACUGCAGGAUCUCCAUUUCUUAAAAUAAAAUUGUUUUUCCGAUAAUUAUAUUUACGCUUCUUGGUAAGAAAAAAAGAAGACUCACAUAAUGAUGGUAUUCAGCAUUGGAAGGCUAAUUGUAGGUUUCUUGGCUGCAUGGCUGAUUGUUAUAAUAUUAUUGAGUGGUCCAAUGUUCCAUAGCAAUGAACCAGAUGAGCAAAUACUUGUUCGUUUAUCUCGUGCAUUGGGUGAAUUGGAAGCUUUAAAAUUACAAAAUGAAGAAUUGAAAAGUUUAUUAAAUUCUUUAAAGUUAUCACCAUCCUCUGGAAAAAAAGAAAAAUUAAUAUCUAUUCCCGCGAAGGAUCAAGAAAUAAAAGUAGAGAAAAUUAAAGGAGAAUUGGAAGCAAACCAGGAAUUUAGAGAACCCAGCAAAGAAUUUGAAGAAACAAGAAGAAGACUGGAAAAUGGUGUUUUUGAAAUGUGGUACUAUUUAAACUCAGAGUUAAAGAAAUUAAACAAAACUUUACCAACUGAUGCAGCCACUAGACAAAAACUUUCUGUCAUUCUUGAAGAUGCAAAUGACCAUAAGAGAGCUAUUUUGUCUGACAUGAAAAAAUUAAAAGACAUGGAUGGUCUUGCUGAAUGGCGCAGAAAAGAAGCUGAAGAGUUGAGCAACAUUGUACAAAAGAGACUCUAUCACCUUCAAAAUCCAAAAGAUUGUCAGACUGCUAAGAAAAUCCUGUGCAAUUUGAAUAAAGGCUGUGGUUAUGGAUGUCAAAUUCAUCAUGCUGUAUACUGCUUUAUAGUUGCAUAUGGUACAAAAAGGACUCUCAUCUUACGUUCCCAUAACUGGCGUUAUGCUCAAAAAGGAUGGGAAUCUGUAUUCUUACCAAUAAGUGAGACAUGCAAAGAUGACAGCGGUUCAUCUAGAGGUCCUUGGCCUGCAACAGAAAAUACUCAAGUCAUAGAUCUUCCAAUUAUUGAUAAUGUGAGACCUAGACCUCCGUACAUACCUUUGGCUAUACCAAAAGAUUUAGCUGACAGAAUAAUCCGUUUGCAUGGCAAUCCUAUUGUUUGGUGGAUAUCACAGUUUAUUAAAUACCUUCUUCGACCGCAAGAUUCUAUGAAAGUCCUUUUAGACAGGGUGGAAGAAAAAAUGGAUUUCAAACAUCCUGUUGUGGGCGUUCACGUUCGGAGGACAGACAAAAUAGGCACAGAAGCACAGUUUCAUUCCAUAGAGGAAUAUAUGGAACACGUAGAAGAAUAUUAUGAGCAAUUAAAAUUUGAUGGUUCUGUUAAAGAAAAAAGAGUUUAUCUAGCUACUGAUGAUCCUAAUCUUCUGACAGAAUGCAAAAAAAAAUUUCCUAAUUACAUAUUCUAUGGAGAUCCUAAUAUAGCUAAGAGUGCAUCUGUUGGUCAGCGUUACACUACAGAGUCACUGAAAGGUGUUAUACUGGAUAUACAUAUGCUUUCUAAAUGUGAUUAUUUAGUCUGCACAUUUUCGUCUCAGGUUUGUCGUCUGGCAUAUGAGAUAAUGCAAAAUUACCAUUCAGAUCCUUCAACCUAUUUCCGUUCUUUGGAUGAUAUAUUCUAUUUUGGUGGUCAAAAUGAUCACAAUCAAGUAGCAUUUUAUAAUCACACUGCAAGAACUUCUCAAGAAAUUUCACUAGUAAAAGGUGAUAUCGUAGGCAUAGCUGGAAAUCACUGGGAUGGUUUUUCGAAAGGUAUUAAUCGUAGGACUAAAAAGAAUGGUCUCUAUCCAUCCUACAAAACUAUUGAAAAAAUUGAAUUGGUUGACUUUCCUACAUAUUCAGAAGUAGAUGAACUAUAGCCAUAAUUACAGUUUUAGAAAUAUAAGAAUAUAACUCUUCAUUAUUUAUUUAAAUAAAAGUUUGAAUGAGCCUAAUUUAUACAUAUCCAUUCGUAAUAAAUGCUCAACUUUG